AUGUUUUACCGAGUCCACGGAGUUGUGGGAGCUGUCCUCUUCGAUUUCAAUCCUCUUCGAUCCUCUUCGAUCCUUACGAGAUCCCGCCAGCCGAGCAUCGAUGGAACGUGUACUCACGACUACCGCAAGCCUCGAGUUCGUUUCAGGCAGCGAAAUGUAAGAGAACUGCUACGGGAGAUUGAGCAGCGCAAGCACCUCGAGUCGUCGGUCGGUCCGUCGAAGAAGCAGAAGAAGCUGGGCCCGAAGCGGCAGGAGGAAAGUUUGGCUGUACGGGGAACAGAGCAGCGCAAGAGGCAUGGGCACGAAACGGUGGCAUGGCGCAAGAGGCAUGGGCACGAAACGGUGGCAUGGCGCAAGAGGCAUGAUUGCAGAACGGCGGCAUCGUGCGAGCAGAGGAUAAAAGCUGCCCGUCGAGCUCAGGAAGCGAACGAGCAGAAAUCGGCGAGGCGGAAGCUCAGGCAGGAGAUACGCGGAGAGGUUCUGGCACACAUCAAUACGUUCAAGACAGAAGACGACUCAUCUAGAGCUUUCAGCAUUGCGACCAAGGUCGAGAGGCACGAUUUCAAGGUGGAGGAGGAUGAGGAUGGCGGCAGCAGCAAGCAAGAGGAGAUCGAGGAGGAUGGAAGCACUGGUGACGAGGAGGAUUACGAGAUUGUCGGUGGAGAACAUGACGAGAAUAGUUCUAACCCGGGCAGCAGCGAGCGGGACGGAGACGAGAGCAGCGGAAGCUCUGCGUCUGGAGAGGAGGAUUUAGGAGUGAACCUAAAGCAGGACCGCAAAGGGCUUACACUUGGCGACGCAACUCCAUCGCAAACAGAAGUGCGCGAUGUGAGAGUGGUAGUGAGGGAAGUCUUCGCUCUCGAAACCACCACCGCGUCCGAUGUAGGAGGUCGUUGCUUCUUACGAGAACUUCAGAGGAUGGACCUCGACACCGCCUCGAUUGUGAAGUAUCGCAUCACCGACACUCUCGCCCUCGCCACCUUCUUCUUCCGCAGCAGCGUCAUCCUCACUGUCGUCAUCCUUGUGUUCGCUCUCCGUGCCCGCUCCUUGCUCUUCUUGCUAGUCCUCUUCGCGGGCGUACGCUUCACAGCUCGCUCCUUCGCGAACGGCUUGUCUGGCGAUCGGCUCGAGGACCGGCCGCACAGAACAACUAAGAACCGCCAUAUGGACCUUGGACACACCCAGAUGCUCAAGCGGCUUCACCAAAAGAGCACGAUAUCGACCAGCAGCUCGACGCAGCACUUGCUCGCCUUGAGCAACGCAACCAGACUGCAUGAGCUCGCCAUACACCAGCCGAUCAGCUCCGUACAGCUGGCCAACUCCGAGCUCAAGCCAGCAUGCAAGCCCAGCAUAGUCACCCGCCGCCAACCCGCGCAAGGCUUGCGGCUACCGCACGGCACCAUCACUGUAUCCUCCGCUGUCCUUGGAUACACGACUACAUCGACUCCUCUAUGCCUCGUCCCGGCACGCAGCAUCAUAAACAUUCGCAUUCCCAUCAAUCAUUUACUGCACCACAAUCGAGACUACCAAUUCUUCCCCGACGAGCCUAACGCUAAACAUGGCCUCCGCUUUUUCGAUAAUCUCACAGAUGCAAAUACUGUCGCAAUGCGAGUCCAGAACCAAAGCCAGCGCUCAUCCCGGACUUCCGAGGUCAGCACUAAGGCAAAGUUCACGAAGUGGACAUAG